AUGUCAGUAGUGGAACAGAAUGAAAUAAAUUUUAGUCGUUUCGAGAUGCAGAAAACAUAUUACUAUAAUCAACAACCGUUUAAUUCUUACUAUCCUGGAGAGAGCGGAUAUUGUUACGAUGGUGUGCACAAUAACGGCGGGAGUUACGGUGAUCCGAGCCCAUCGCCCCCGGGUGCGGAUUUUUAUCCCCAGGGUCAACAGUGUGGAAUGAUAGCGGGGAUAGCGGGUCCGAAUCCGACGUUGGUGAACGGAGAUUUGAGUCCGAACCAUUACGAUGAUCAGUUUUCAUCGCCGUGUUUACAGGGUAUGGCGCUCGGCGGGCCCGGGUUAGGGGCGCCGAGCCCCGGGGGAACGGGAGGCAUGAAAAAGGAAAUAUACCCUUGGAUGAAAGAAACGAGACAGAACAACAAGCGUCAGAAUCCUCAGCAGCAACAACAACAGCAGCAACAACAGCAACCACCGCCGCCUCAAAAUCAAACGAACUCUCAACAACAGCAGCAACAACAGCAACAACAGGUGUCUUCAGCAUUAUCAAAUCAGCCAUCAAGCGCAACCCAGAAUCUUGGUGAGCCGACGAAGCGCGCUCGGACGGCCUACACGAGUGCUCAGUUGGUAGAGCUUGAGAAGGAGUUCCAUUUUAACCGCUACCUGUGCCGACCCCGACGGAUCGAGAUGGCGGCAUUGCUCAAUCUUACAGAGAGGCAGAUCAAAAUAUGGUUCCAGAACCGUCGAAUGAAGUACAAGAAGGAACAGCGUCAGAAACACGCGGACAAGGGGAUGGGAAAGCUGGACGGUAACAUGUCCGGGGACAGUGACAGCGAGGAGUCGUACUCCGGGGGUCAGGACUCUCUCAGCGACUGCGGAAGCAAAUCUCAAGCAGGGUGCGGAAGCCCCGACCCCUCGGGACGACGGCCCCAACCUUCGGGUCCGAUGACCUCGCCACACCCCCAGACCCCAAGUCCCGGUCAGAGAUCUCACCCCAGCCUCUCCCUGCCGCACCACCCUUACAAUCCGGACAUGUACCCGGGUCACGGGGCGGUGGGCGUGCCUCAGUCGAGUCCCUCGUGUCUGAAACAGUCUAGCUCACCCGUGACGCACCAACAGCAUAAUAACAUGACUCAUAACUCAAUGAACUACGCGGCCUCUAUGAACGGUAUAGAUCACAUGGGCAGGUACACCAACCACCAGUCGUUGCAACACUAUAACUUACAGAUGCCGCCUCAACACAACUUUAACAAUUUCAACGGCGGCGGCGGUGGUGGCGGCGGUGGUGGGGGAGGGGGUGUCGGUCAACAGUAUAUGAACCCUUAUUCAAUGUACCAGGAUAUUAACACGUGUCACGAUGACUACGAGACCGGUCACGUGACCGGAAAUCACGUGCUGCCUCUCGCGGGGAUACCCUGCGGAGUGGGUGGGGGCAUGAACGGCUAUCACCAGGCACCGUACGACUAUAUUCCAAAAUUAACGCAUCUAUAAAAUGGUUUCCCCUUAGAAGUGUAUGAGUUAAGCCAACUUAAUAUGUCAUUUGUCAUAUUUUAUUUAAAUUGUUGACUGAAUAUUGUAUAACGAGAAAUUUUUUAUCCGGUUUAUAUGUAUGUGCUAUGUUUCUA